CAGACCAUGUGGCUGAUGGAGAAGCUCCGCGGGUCGGUGGAGAGCAGCAGCAUCCUCCGGCACGGCGACGGCGAGAAGCAGGGCAAGGCGCCCGUCUACAGCAACGUCCUGACGCCCGACAAGAUCCCCGACUUCUUCAUCCCGCCCAAGCUCAUGUGCUGCCCGUCCGAGGAGGAGCCGGAGGCCCCGCCCGCCAAGCCGGCGCUCCGGCCCUCCACCUCGGAGCAGGCCAUCACGGGCCGCAAGCCGGCGGGCGGCCCCCGCAGCCCCCGCAGCCCCCGGCUCCUCAGCAAGCUGGCGGGCGACACCCGGAGCCUCCUCAAGGCGGCGAACCGGCACAUCAUCCAGAUCGAGAGCGCGGACGAGGCGUCCGGGGGCGGCGGUGGCUACGCGGGCGAGCUCGACCCCAACACCAACGCCGACCCGCAGUCGCAGACGGCCAUGUCGCUGCCCUACGUGCCCAAGGCCCAGACGUCCUACGGCUUCGCCACGCUGGCCGAGAGCCCGCACACCCGGCGCAAGGAGUCGCUCUUCCACAGCGAGCACACCAGCCCCAUCGCCUCGCCCAGCGCCCAGCGCCGCAAGGCCGAGGGCAACCACCUGCACCCGGCCGACCUCAACGCCGCGCACGCCAACCCCUACCGCUACUUCAGCGGCGGCGAGAGCGACACCUGCUCCUCGGCGGAGUCCUCGCCCUUCGGCUCGCCGCUGCUCUCCCGCUCCGCCUCGCUGCUCAAGAUGUUCACGCACGAGACGCAGGCCAAGGUGUCGCGCGCCAAGCGGAGCUUCGCCCGCCACAGCUCGCUGUCCACGGACGAGUGCAGCUCGGCCGACACCAGCCCCAGCAUCCCGCGCCGGGCGCGGUGCGCGCUGUUCGCCCGGGGCGCCCGCGGGGGCGCGGGGGCGGCGGGGGCCGGCGGGGCGGGGGCCGAGGGCGGCCCGGCGGGCGGGGACCGCACCCGCCUCCAGCGCGAGCACACGGUGAACCUGCACAAGGGCGGCACCCUGCGGCUGUGCACGGAGUACGACGCGGAGGCCACGCGUCUCCGGAUCCGCGUGCUGGCGGCCGAGGACCUGUACGACCGCGCCUGCGACAUCAAGGGCAUCAACUGCUGCGUGUCGCUCUACCUCAACCCCGGCAAGCUGCAGAAGCAGCGCAGCACCAUCGUCAAGAACAGCCGCAACCCCGUCUUCAACGAGGACUUCUUCUUCGACGCCGUCCCCGCCGCGCAGGUCAAGAACCUGGCCGUCAAGAUGAAGGUGGUGAACAAGGGCACCAGCCUGAAGAGGGACACCCUGCUGGGGGAGAGGGAGGUCCCCCUGAAGGACCUGCUCUCAGGCGUCUAGGCCCAGGCUCCAGGGGUCUCCCCCCCCCGCCCGGUGGAGGAGGAGGUCGAGGUCUACAGUCAACGUUCCGACCACCCGGUC